AUGCAUGAGAAUAUUUGUACAGCAUACAAGGCAUCCAAAGGUAAGUCUCGUAUGUUUAAGGACUUAUGGUUGUUAGCCAUCACUGUCACAAGGUCGGAGUUAUGGCUGACUAGAAAUGAUUUCACUUAUAACAACAAGAAAGUGAGCUGGAGCUUUUUCCAAAAAAGGGUUUUUAACCGUGUGCAUGAGUACUCAGUUAGAUUGAAGGGAAAUAUGUGGAAUUUGGUAGAAGACUUGAAGGUGCUGGAUUUUUUCAGAGUUCUUCGUAGAAGAGUUAAGGUCAUGGAGCCGGUAGAAUGUUUUUGGGUUCCUCCUGAGCACAAUGAGAUUAUGAUUUGUUGUGAUGGGGCAUCUAGGGGUAAUCCGGGAAGAGCUGGAGCGGGUGCUGUUGUGCGUGAUUCCAAUUCUAAUGUUUUAAGAGCUAUGAGUGUUGGUUUUGGUAUCCAAACUAAAUAUUUGGCGGAGCUAUUUUGUGUUAUAGUGAGGUUAGAAUGGGAUGUUAAAUUUGGUGUUGAAGAUGCGUGCAUCAAAACUGAUUCUAUGAGAGCUAUUUUGGCAUAUUCAAGAGAUAUCAAUGAGGUUCCUUGGUUUUUACGGAGUAGAUGGGUUGCUGCAAGAUCUCGUUACAAUAAUGUGCGUUUUUUUCACACUUAUAGGGAGGUGAAUUUUGCUGCUGAUACGACGGCUAAAAGAGGUUGUUUGCUAAAUAAUGAGGAAGGAAUAAGUUAUGAGAAUAAACCAGAUUUCUUAAGGUCUAUAGAAUUACCGAAUGUAUCUUAUUUUCGUUUUAAUUAUUUUGUAAGUUUUUUUGAGGUUCUCUGCCUCUCUUUUCUUUCAAACUAG